AUGACUCUCUCUUUUUUUUUUUUUGCCCUCUCUAUCUUCUUCUGUCACCCACUCUCUUCCUCAUCCUCUCUCUUUCUCUGUCAUAGUCUCUCUUUCAUUUUCGCCCUCUCUUUCAUCAUCUAUCUUCUGUCACCCAUUCUCUUCCUCAUCCUUUCUCUCUUGCUCUUUCAUCCUCUCUUUCUCUGUCACCCUCUCUUUCCUCCUCUCUUUCUCUUUCCUCCUCUCUCUUUCUCUUUCCUCCUCUCUCUUUCUCUUUCCUCCUCUCUUUUUAUCUUUCAUCCUCUAUCUUCCUCUGUUACCCACUCUCUUCUGCGCCCCUGCUUUUGCAUUCUCUCUCUUUCCCUUUCAUCAUCUCUCUUACAUCCUCUCUUUUCCUUUCUUCCCCUGUCACCCUCUUUUUCUUCUUCUCCCCUUUCUUUCUCUGUCACUUUCUCUCUUUCUCUGUCACACACUCUUUCUCAUCCCCCUUUCUUUAUCUCACCACUUUUUCUCUCUUCCCCCUCAUUAUCUUUCCCUCACCCUCUCUCUUUGCCUUUUUUCUUCUCUUUCUUGUCUCUUACCUUUUAUUAUUUUUUGCUUUUAUCUCUUCAUCCUGAUCUCUUACUUGUCUCCUCUCAGUCUUUCUUUUAUGCUGUUAUUUUUUCGCUUAAUUCUUUCUUCUUUCCCAUCUAA